AUGUCGCCAUCUUCAGAUAUUCCUCUGGUGUUUGUCAUCGGCGGAACCGGAGCGCAAGGGAUCCCUGUGAUCCGAGGCCUUGUCAAGGACGGUGCAUACGCCGUCCGCUUCCUGACCCGCGAUGCAACAUCAGGCCGCUCCCAAGAACUUCUCCAGCUUCCCAACGUCACAGCUGUUGAGGGCACAUUUGCAAACGAGGAUGACUUGCGACAAGGACUGCACGGCGCCACCUACGCAUUCAUAAAUAUUGACGGUUUCAAUGCCGGAGAAAAGACGGAGAUGUUCUGGGCGAUGCGAUCCUACGAGCUGGCCCUUGAAGAGGGCAUCAAAUUCUUCGUCUACGGAAACCUCGAUUUCGUCUAUAAAAAGGGUGGCUACGAUCCGGCGCUGCGCUGCGGCCAUUACGACGGCAAAGGCCGAGUCGGAGGAUGGAUUCUACAGCAAAAUAAGGCUCCAGAGAACAGGGACAAGAUGGGCGCUGCGCUCUUUACCACAGGGCCGUAUAUAUCCAUGGCCGUAGGGGCGCACACGCCCAUGUCUCCUACUGUGGAAGACGGCGUCGUCACCUGGCGUGUGCCGCUCGGUCACGGCGCCGUCGCCCACGUCAACCUCGACGACUGCGAGCACUAUGUCCGGUGGCUCUUUGACCACCAAGAGCGCGCCAACGGCAUGGACCUCGAAGUUGCCAUUGACCUCAUUUCCUACGACGAGCUCGCGCGCGCCUUUGAGCAGGUGACUGGCCACCCUGCGCGCUACAUCGACACCGACCUCGCGGACUACUGGGCCGGCGGGCCGCUCGGCCAGGGGACCUCGACCGCGGGCUACAACGCGGCGCCGGACGACCCCGCGACCAUGACGAUCCGCGACAACUUCACCGGCUUCUGGAACAUGUGGAAGCGCUCGGGCGCCAACCAGGGCGUCGUCCGGCGCGACCUCGCCCUGCUCGACGAGAUUCACCCCCAGCGCGUCAAGUCGGCGCGGGAGUGGUUCCAGAGGGAGGAGGACAGGAGCGCCGCGCUGGGCGUGCCGGACCUCUGGACGCGUGUGAACAAUCUCCGGCCCGUGCUGAAGAUUGCGGAAGACGGCAGAAAGGGUCGGCUUUGA